UUCCCCAAAACUCAGCGGGAGGUGAAGCCGCUCUACUUCCUGUCUGUAGUAGCGCGAGGCGGUCGAGUCGGAGGGAUGUAAAGAUGGCGGAGCUGCAGAUGCUGCUGGAGGAGGAAAUUCCAGCGGGUCGCGGAGCUUUACUGGACAGCUUCACCAACCUCGAGAGAGUCGCCGAAUACUGCGAAAGUAAUUACGUACAGUCUCCAGACAAGCACGCCGCUCUAGAGGAAACCAAGAACUACACCACUCAGUCCCUGGCCAGCGUGGCCUACCUGAUCAACACACUCGCCAACAAUGUGCUCCAAAUGCUCGACAUCCAGGCGUCCCAGCUGCGCCGAAUGGAGUCCUCCAUCAACCACAUAUCUCAGACGGUGGACAUCCACAAAGAAAAAGUGGCGAGGCGGGAGAUCGGCAUCCUCACAACCAAUAAGAACACCUCCCGAACGCAUAAAAUCAUUGCUCCAGCCAAUCCCGAGAGGCCAGUGCGGUUUAUUCGCAAACCUAUCGAUUACAGCACGCUGGACGAUAUCGGUCAUGGUGUGAAGUGGUUACUUAGGUUCAAGGUCAACACCCAGAACAUGAAGAUGGGCAGCCUUCUUCGCACCACACCUCCAACACAGAAACCACCCAGCCCCCCAAUGCCAGGCAAAGGCACCAUAGGGAGGCACUCCCCCUACAGAACGCUUGAGCCAGUGCGGCCUCCGGUGGUACCUAAUGACUAUGUCCCAAGCCCCACACGCAAUAUGGCGCCCAUUCUGCAGCAAAGUCCUGUGCGCACAGCAUCUGUUAAUCAGAGGAACCGCACUUACAGCAGCGGGAGCAGUGACGGCAGUCAUCCCAGCAGUCGCAGCAGCAGUCGUGAAAACAGCGGCAGCGGCAGUGUGGGUGUUCCCAUCGCUGUGCCCACACCCUCUCCACCCAGCGCCUUUCCAGCUGCUACUGCCAGCACACCCUCAGCUCCAACUAACUCCACUCAGCCUUCUGUCAUGUCCUCUAAUUUAACCCCUACACAACCCUCAGCCAACCCCACCUUAAUCCCUGAAUCUCUUCCCACUCACCCCGACUCCACUGAGAGCUUGCUGACCUCAGAAAAAGGCUCUCCUACCUCUCAGCCACCCCUCACUUCAGCUGAAGCUAGUGCUACAUCCAACACCAACUCUGGGACAGGUGGCCCUCAGUUCUACAGCAUGAACAGGCCCGUCCCCAGACAGAUCACACCCACAGUGGGAGGUUCGCUGCCGUAUCGCCGGCCGGCCUCAAUCACGGGUCAGACUUCCAUGCCCCCCAGCCAGCAGAACGGAGGGCCCUAUUACAAUCAGAACCAAGCCUCAGUGGCCCCCCCUCCCCCCUCCAUACUGCAGAUCACACCCCAGCUUCCACUGACGGGUUUUGUGGCUCGCGUACAGGAAACCAUUUCAGAUGCACCUCCCCCACCUCCCCCUUCAGAAGAGCCGGUGUUUGAGGAGACACAAAACCCAGUUCCACCUCCAGAAGACUAUGAGCAAGAGGAGUCUUCUGUGGUGGAGUACAGUGACCCUUACGCUGAAGAAGAUCCACCCUGGGCUCCACAAACUUACCUGGAGAAAGUGGUGGCAAUCUAUGACUACAUGCGAGACAAGGAAGAUGAAUUGUCUUUCCAGGAGGGGGACAUCAUCUAUGUCAUUAAAAAGAAUGAUGAUGGCUGGUAUGAAGGUGUGAUGAGUGGCACUACAGGACUCUUCCCUGGAAACUAUGUGGAGUCCAUCAUGCACUACACGGAGUGAGAGUGUCUUCUGUCUCUCCCCCAACCCUCAACGCCCACCAGCGCUAAUCUUACACUGCAGAAGAGUGCAUGUGUGCAUACAAACCAUGCUAAUAACAGGCCGUGAGACUUAAGACACGAGUGGUGCGACUGAAAAGAGGAGGCGAUAUGAAGCUGAACAUCCAGAUGAUGCAGAGCAGACUUUUGUACCAAGGACUGAGAAAACACUAUUAGAGAAAUAAGAUUAUAUUAAUAAAAGCCAAUAAUAUGUUUACUGUUACCUUGAAUGAAGGAUACAGAGUUUGAAGUACAGUAUAUGCAUAAGCUAAAUUUAGACAUUACAUUGUUUUUAUUUUUCCAUAUUUCAUAACCUUUGCUCAUUCCACAGCAUUGCGGUGUUUUGGAAGGCAGCACGGGGCCGACUGAUGUCUCUGAAAUAGAUGUAUUUUUUUUAACGGCCUGAGGUGGGUUCAGGGUGUGUUUUACAGUGAGGUCACGUUCAAAAAGGGAAUUCAUUACAAGCAUAUUUUGAGGAACAAGGAAAGUAUGGAACUGAACGGAAAGAGUGAAUAUAGAGAAGUAGCUUUCUAUUUAUUACAUGUGACAGCUCGAGGCUUUUUAAUUUGUGUCUCUGUAAAGUGUUUUGAUUGUUUAAGUAAUUGUAUGAUUUAUUCUCUCCCACCUAAUUAAAAUCAGUUUCAGCCGGAUUGAUGAAAUAGGAAAUAUUUGCACAAACAUGCAAGUAUAAUUGGUGUCUGCACAGGGUCAGACUCGUUUACACAAAGGUCUCACCUUGGUUUUACUUUUUUAUCAUUAAAUAUAUUUCAUAUGUUUAUGAACAUUUUUCCCCAUGAGAAACCAUCAGCCUCGACACAUGCAGUACUAGACAUAUCUAAUAACCUCAUGAACUUUUAAACACUUUUUUUUUCUCGUUUGUUUUACAUUUAAAUAUGGUGUUGUGAUGCUAACCAAUUGGUAAAUAUUUGAUAAGUGUAUGUAGUGCUUCAUAGACUGCAUGCUUAAUAAAAACAGUCCUUAUUUACAUUUCAUUUUUCUUUUUUUUCCACUUUUGCAUUUUAAUUCUAGGGUACCCACAAUCAUGGAAAACCUGAAAUAUAUGGAAAUGUUAAACUAGUGAUUUCCAGUCUUGAAAAAGUUAUCACAAUGAUUAACAUUUCCUACAGUUGUUCUAAAAUAUUUCAUCAGCUAAAACCGCAGAUAUGCCUGCGUGAAACAUCAUUCUGGUUGUGGAACAUUUUGAGACAUUUACAGAAUAAUAUAGUUUGUCUAUUCAUUCAUUUGUUAGUACCUGACAUUGAAAAAUCAUCCAAUAAUCGUGAUCAACUAUAAAGGUCACAAAAAAAAAACUCAUGUAAAUUGACGGGAAAAAAGUGUUAAAACCCCAUAUUUUAAUUAGGUCCUCAUCACGUUUUUGGUCUUAUACCCUGGUCUUAUACCCAGUUUAAGACAUUCCUGUGACAUGGACAGUAUUAAUUUGGGUGCUCUUGAAAUGUUUAUGCUACUAAAUAUAUUGUGCCAUUUUGUAGUAUUAUUGAAAUGUGUAUAAGCUACUAUUUGACAAUCUUGGAUGUUUCUCUCCAGCUACUAAAAUAGUUUUCCAUUUUGCAGGUCCUAAAAUCAGCAAGACUUCAGUGUGUCUCCAUUGUGAAAUUUAAUUUGAAUCUUAUGUAAAGAACACAUGGAGGCUCUUAAAAACAGGGUAGAGUCUGAUGAGCAUAUCUCUCGCCCUACCCUGCAAUAAUACCUGGCAAAAUGUGACGUUUUGAGGGUUAAUUUACCUUUUAAUUUGUCUGAAAGCACAUGACUCUAAACAUCAGAGAAUUGACAAGUUUAACUCCAUUAACUCUAUAUUCUUGUGUGCAUAUAUAUAUAUAUAUAUAUAUAUAUAACCGGAUAAAUGUAUGGGCAUCAGUAUUUCCAUGUGUGAGAGGAUGAAACUAAUGUGCAAAAUCUCUA